AUGAUGGCUAAUUCACUACGAAGCAUCUAUCAGCAAUACAAGCAUGAUACUGAUGUCGUGGCAUCAUGGCUCGCAUCCACAGCGAAGUCAUUUGGCUAUAGCGCAACCCUCGGGCCACCUCCUCCCACGGAAGAGAAGUCCCAAAGACUGAAAGGCAAAGCUAGGAAAACUGCCAAGCAAGUGACAGCUCCGCAAAAUGGGUCAGACAAACAGACUUCGAAGCCCAAAUACACCCUUGCUGUCAAAGACUUCAUACCUCUAUCUGAGCACAUCGCUGGCAUUACAAACAAGACCGUCGAAAUCCCUGAGUACUUUAACGUCGCACUCGACCGAGUAAUCUCGGUUCGGAGCUCGUUCUCGACAAAGUUGGAGGCAGCUGGCGAAGCCGUCAACCAGGCAUCAGAUUCUCGUCACAAUUUUUUCAGCAUCAAGAGUGCUAUACCAAGGGCUGACGGAGACCGAGCUAGGCAGAAUGAGCUUCGAAACCUAUUCAAAGUCUUGGAUGUAUACGAGCCCUCUGCGGAGCUCCUGGCUGCACCAGAUGUGGUGCCUCCACCUGAACCUGUGGAACUGGACUACACUGUUGAAGAGCCGACCGACUCAAUCAUUGAGGCCUUCAUGGCCAUGACCAUGUUGAUGAACGACCUCUUCCGCCUACGUGCUGAGAUAGCUGACCUUUGGGCUCGGCAUCACACCGAAGAACUUGAUCUGGCAACUGUUUCGGUAGCGACAAACGCAGCGAUUGAGCUUGCUCACAGCAUGAAAGACGAAGUUUAUCCAUUGAUGAAGUUCUUGGUCGAGACUCCGCCAAUCAUGACUUACAAUGGCAAAUGGGGUCUAUUCGACGAGAAUGCGCGCCAGCCACCUCAGACGAAUAGAGAGAAAUAUGCCCGCGACAAGUCAACUUUGCAAGAAAUGCUCCAGGAUCUUCCUCUACUCUUUAAUCGUCCGGGAGUUAUUGAGGAUCAGUUCGUCCACGCUUUCGCUGCCGCUCGGACAUCCUACAACAAAGCGAACUCGAACCAGCAACCGCCAAUCUGGACUAGCUUCGCUUUUCAGAUUUAUCUCGACAUUCUAUACUCUACUGAGGUGGGCGCUGGAUGGACGCAGAUGUGCAACGAGGUCAACACGCUCCAGAGAUAUGUCGAUAGUUAUCCCAAUGCUUCUUCUGACAUGAAGAAACUAGUGAGAUCUGUUGGUAAGAUCAUGGAAGCUGAUCCUAUUGCACUCUUGAGGCAAGCGCUUGAUCGACCCUACAGAGAAUAUACCGUUUGGCGUCGCAACCCUACACAUUGCGGCUUAUGGAUCCACCACGCGCGUACCAUCUUUCACAGGGAGGGCGCGAAGUACGCCGCAACACCUGGUGCGGUAAUGUGUGCAACACAGCUUUACCAUGCCUUGCGUGAAUCGCAGCUCCUUUCGGAAGAGUGGAAAGAUCUCCAGACGCUAUGGGACAUGCAAGGAAACUCGACCUACUUCAUCGGCGAGCCUCCAAAAGACUUCGAGGGGCAUUGGAAGAACUACCUCUUGUCUAUAGGUGCGUCAGCAACAAAUUGGGCAAGUGGGAAGAGAAACACCAAGAUCAAAGAGACAAAAGCAAACGUGCGUCAAAUGAAGUUCAAGGGUCCAGUAUCGAGCUGGAUGGCUUCGCGCAUCACAACAGAGGGCGACCAACGAGCUAUGACGGCCGAGACUAUCGAGAAUGCGAUCAAAGAAGGCGAACGGAAGCAGUGGGAGGCACAGAAGAGCAAAUUGCCGUUUGUUGUUGGCUUCGUGUUCUCAACAGCAGCGGGUAAAAAGGAUAUUGAUACGAAGGGCGUGCCGUCGGAAGAGUUGUUAAAUAUCGCCGUGGAAGUGACGAAAACGUUCUUGGAAGAGGGCAAAGCUCAAGAUGUCGGACCAGACCCGAGCAGGCUUUACCACAAGCAAUACGAAGAAGCCCGGAAGCUAUUCGACAGCGACAUCGUGAACUGCAUCGCAGCAGCGAAAAAGAAUCUACUGGACCCUACGCUGCCCCCGUUCUACAUCAUCAAGAACUGCAUUCUUGUUGCUGAUGCUGUGGAUGAUUGGAACAUCGCGGACGACUGGCUUCGCUGGGCAGAACAGACAUUUAAGAAAAGCCAUGAUUUGGCGACGCAACAGCAGGACAGCAACUGGUUGGAGGCUCUCGCUGGUUUGCGAGAAGAGCUAGAUGAAGUGAAAGAGUUCAAGAUAGAGGACUUCACAGGCAUGACAAAGGAGGAAAGGGACAUGCUUUACGCGGAACUGGAUGAAAUGGAUGCGGCGGAAGAAUUGGAAGCGGUUGCUGAAGCAGAGAAGAUGAUGGAGGUCGCAGCGGAGUGCCUGGAAGACUCGGAAGCGGUUGCUAGAGCGGAGAGUAGGACGGACGUCGCAGUGGAGCAUCUAGAAGACUUACAGGCGGUUGUUAAAACAGAGAAUAGGAUAGAGGUCGCGGCGGAGCACCUUUGUCUUCCAAUUCGCCCCGCAGGCGAGCCCACGCAUAACACCCCCAGCGACUUUGCCGUGUUUCUCGAUAAUGCUGGAGGCAGUCAAGCCUUGGGCGAUGUGAUCGACUCCAUCACUCAAUACCUCUCCAAGACCAAUGUUCAGCUUGGCGCUUCUUACCAUACUGGCUCUCAAUCGAACACGAAGUAUGAACAGGGCUACCAAGCGGCUGCCAAGUACAUGAAUGCUGGCCGCGAUGAGAUCGUUCUUGGUGCUUCAACGACCCAGCUUUUCAUGAACCUCGGCUCCUCGCUACAGUUUCCCUCAGGCUCUGAGAUCAUUCUCACAAAGAUGGAGCAUGAGACUAACGUCAAGCCCUGGCUCUUCAUGGCCGAGCGCCUCGGUUUGACUGUAAAGUGGUGGGCGUCGCCCAAAGAAGAUGGACUCAAACUCACAGCAGAGAACCUCAAGCCAUUGUUGAGCGAUAAAGUGAAGUUUGUAGCAUGUACACAUGUCAGCAACAUUCUGGGAACGAUCCAUGAUGUGAAGUCUAUUGCAAAAGCAGUGCACGAGGUCGGUGCACUGUUCUGCGUUGACGGUGUGAGCUACGCACCGCAUCGUGCAAUUGACGUGAAGGAUUUUGGAGUUGACUUCUACGCGUUCAGCUGGUACAAGGUUUACGGCCCUCACAUCGCCGCGCUCUACGCCAGCAACUCGGCCCAACAACACAUGAAGUCCAUGAGCCAUUACUUCAACCCCACAAAAUCUUUAGAAGACAAGAUCGGCUUCGCAGGAUCAAACUACGAAUGUGUUCAGUCAAUCCCUACCAUCACCGCAUACCUGACCGACGCUUUCCCCACCAUCACCGAACAUGAAGGAAAACUACAAAGCAUCCUGCUCGACUACCUGAACUCACGCCCAGAUGUCACGAUCCUUGGGUCUACGUCGAGCGAUAACAAGGAAAGGGUGCCUACAGUCUCAUUUACGGUCAAAGGCAUGAGCAGCAAGGCGAUCGUGGCUGAGGCGGAGAAGAUCAGUAAUUAUGGAUUCAGGUGGGGACAUUUCUAUUCAAAGAGACUCUGCGAUGAGCUAUUGAAGCUGGAGCCGGAAGGUGUGACAAGGGUCAGCAUGGUACACUACAACACCGAAGACGAGAUCAAGGGAUUGGUCGAGGUAUUGAAGAAGGUCCUUCCGCAGGUUUAG